GCGCCACUAUCGAUUGAUCGAGAAGAAGAUUAGCUAGCCGGCCAUGUCGUCCGACGGGAAGUUGGAGAGGUACGUGUCGACGGCGUUGACGGUGUUCGGGACGGGGAUGGCGCUGCGCGGCCUGCUGGGCGACGUCCUACCCUACGAGAUCCUCGACGAGCUCUCCUUCGCCGCCCUCCGCGCCCGCUUCUCCUCCCGCGACACCGUCGUCUUCGAUGAGACCGAGGGCCUCGCGCCUAACCACCUCUACAGCGCCGUCCGCGCCUACCUCGCCGCCCGCGCGGCCUCCGCCACCGGCGUGCGCCGCCACCGCGCCUGCCGCGUCGACGAGUCCUCCUCGGACGUCACGCUCACCAUGGACCACGGCCAGGAGACCGUCGACGCCCACGACGGGGUCAAGUACACCUGGCGCUUCGUCUCCCACGACCCCGCGUCGGCCGCCUUCGGUAACAACCCCGGCAACGCCCGCGCCGCCGCCGCCGCCCACGGUGGCCGCCAACACGUCUGCCUCAGCAGGUCCUUCGAGCUCAGCUUCCACAAGAAGCACAAGGAGAAGGCGCUCGCCUCCUACAUACCCUUCGUCCUCGACACGGCUAAGGCCAUCAAAGACCAGCAGCGAAACCUCAAGAUGCACAUGAUCGAGUACGACGCCUGGACCGCCGUCGACUUCCGCCACCCGUCCACCUUCGACACGCUCGCCAUGGACGGCACCCUCAAGAAGUCCGUCGUGGACGACCUGGAGCGGUUCGUCAAGAGGAAGGACUACUACAGGAGGACCGGCAGGGCGUGGAAGCGCGGGUACCUGCUCUACGGCCCGCCGGGCACCGGCAAGUCCAGCCUCGUCGCCGCAAUGGCCAACUACCUCAAGUUCGACAUCUACGAUUUGGAGCUCACCGAGGUCAAGUCCAACUCGGACCUCCGCAGGCUGCUGGUCGGCAUGGGCAACCGCUCCAUCCUCGUCGUGGAGGACAUCGACUGCAGCCUCGACCUGCACCAGCGCCCCGGCGACCAAGGCCCCGAUAGGCGCGCCCCCAGGCCCGGCUUCACCGGAGACGACAACGAAGACAAGGUGACGCUGUCCGGGCUGCUCAACUUCGUGGACGGGCUGUGGUCGACGAGCGGGCAGGAGAGGAUCAUCGUCUUCACCACCAACUACAAGGAGCGGCUGGAGCCGGCGCUGCUGCGGCCUGGCAGGAUGGACAUGCACAUCCACAUGGGCUACUGCACCCCGGAGUCGUUCAGGAUCCUCGCCUGCAACUACCACUCCGUCGAGGAGGGCCACGCGAUGUUUCCGGAGAUCCAACAGCUGAUGGAAGAGGUGCCCAUCACGCCCGCUGAGGUCGCCGAGGUUCUCAUGAGGAACGACAGCGCCGACGCCGCGCUUCAGGAUCUUGUUGAGUUCAUCAAAGCAAAGAGGAGGUAAUGCCCUAGUUGUGAGGGCACGGCUGCGGACCAGGAAGGAAGUGGCAAGGUGGAUAAAGGUGGUAACU